AUGUCCAUCGGAGUUACGUACACACAUGAACCUUUGAAUCACCUGGAGUCUAAUCUCCGUCAUAACAUCCAACGGGAUCGUGAAAAAUUGCACGGAAUAAUUAUAAUGAGGGAAAUAAGGGAACCGAGUGAGAAAAAAAUGAUCCGCUUCGUUAUUUUGAGCUGUUCGAUAGCUCUGUUAACCCUCGCGAAAACUUCCACAGAUCUCAUCUUCGUGGAUUUGAUUGUGCAUCGUACAUGCCUAAAUUCGAUAGAGACAGAUGACACUUCGAAGUGCAGUAUUCACGGGAAAAAUGAUAGCACGGCAACCGAAUUACAUUUAAAAGCUGAAACUGAACAGUAUGCGAGUAUGAUUGUAAUGGCAAAGACUAUGAUCGAAAGCUUACUGUCAGCUGCGAUUUCCUUAUUUCUCGGUCCUUGGAGCGACAAAGGUGGACGAAGACCUCUCUUACUGGGAGGAUUCAUCGGUUAUACGGUGAUGUUCACGAUGCUCUCCUUGAUGUGCGGUUGGGACAUAAAUCCUUGGUAUAUGAUAAUUCCCUCGAUCCCGGGAUUCAUACCUGGAGGAGUGAGCACAGUAUUAUUGGCUGGAAUGUGUUACAUAUCCGAUUCAACCGAAGAAGAACAAAGAACGCCCCUAAUGGCUUGGAUGCAGGCUGCAGUUUUCAGUGGAACAAUCUUGGGUACAUUUGGAGGGCCUGUCGUAUCAACAAACUGUGGCUACACAACUGUUUUCAGCAUAGGCGCGAUCUGCUGUGGAUUGUCGACACUAGUAACUUACUUCGCUAUUCCUGAAUCGGUCAAGUCUGCGACUAAGGAGUCACAUUUACGUGGACUGUUCGACGUCUCCCUUGUGCAGAAGCUUGUUACUAGUUCCGUAGUUAAACGGGACGGUUUUCAUCGCUCCGUCGCCUGGCUUGCGAUAUUCAUCAUCACUUGGAGCGCCUUGCUUUACGGAGGAAAUAUCAGCAUAAACUUUCUGUUCAUAAAAGCGUGUCUGGACUGGGAUGUUGCACAAUACUCUUACGCUACUGGCGUUGGUUAUCUGCUGAACAUCGCAGCCUUGUGUGGAGCUUCUCUAUUCGGAACCAGAUUAGGCAUUUCGGACACAAUGUUGGCCGCUCUAGGCCUCGUCUCGUGCUUCAGUUAUUUACUUAUGCAAGCUUUCGUGUGGACAGACUGGCACAUGUAUCUUGCAGUGUCAAUUGGAAUGUUCUCCGGAAUUGUACCUCCAGUUAUGCGAUCCAUCUUAUCGAAAUCAGUGCCUCCCGGUGAUAUUGGUACUGUGCUGUCGCUGACGGGGCUUUUGGAAACAUUGAGUCCAAUGGUCGGAGCACCGCUAUUUGCGUUGAUAUUCUCCCAUUACUUACCACCGAUAUAUCCGUCGCCAGUUUACCUUGUUUCCGCUGCUGCGUCAGCGUUGUUGGUACUCUGCACAGCGUGCAUCGAAGUAUUAAUGAGGAGGUCACGUAACGUGCAAUCUUACACUGCCACCUCGCAAAAAGAGACGGAAGAUCAGCAUGAUGACUCUAACACUAUUGCACACACGACUUGCUCGGAUAUUGUGCUAAAUUUUCAUGAAAAGUUUUACCACAGGCUCAGUACGGGGCUAAAACCGCCGUCAAUGUUGCCAACUGCGCCCCAGCUUCCAAUCCCAGUAUUGAGUCAUUGCUGGUCAUCAGCUGGCAUGAUAAGCUCUAUUAGCACCACCAUAAUGGUGGUUUCACUAUUGAUGUCACUGGAAAUAUGGAUCAGCAUAAGCUCAGUAUCGGAUACCGAAACCCAGUUUGGAUACUGGGUCUGGCCCGGUGCUGGUCUUUUUGAUAGUAUAGGCGGUAAAAACAUGAACCAGUGCGCUGCCUAA